CGAACAAAUAUGGGCCGAAGAAAAGCCCAGACUACGUGGAAUGCUCACCUCCGCGAAUGCUAACUGUCUGUAAACCGCCACGAACAAAUCCCACCUCCGAUCACAAUUCCCGGCAAAAACAAAAAAUCGAGGGACCUCGAAAUGAAUGCGCAUCUGAUUAACCUUGCCGGACGCCUUAUUUUUCCGAUGUCGAAGGCGUAUUCCAGGCAUCCAUCAGUAGCCGCCUUCUCCACGUCGGGAGCCGCCUCGUCCGCUCCCAAGCAUUGGAACGGCGGCGUUUCGAUGGUCCAAGGAGCUUCCAGAGGCAUCGGCCUUGAAUUUGUUAAGCAAUUGUUAGAGGGAAAUGAUGAAGGGCGUGUAGUUGCAACAUGCCGGAACCCUAAUGGAGCAGCCGGACUUCUGGAUUUAAAAGACAAGUUCUCCGAUCGCCUCGAUAUUCAUCCCUUGGACCUUACAAUUGAAAGUAGUAUAGAGGCUUCUGCAAAUGCAGUUAGAGACAAAUACGGCUCCCUAAACCUUCUUAUUAAUGCAUCUGGCAUUCUUUCAAUACCAAACGUUCUGUUUCCAGAAACUACACUGACCAAAGUUCAGAGGUCAUCAUUGCUUCUCGCUUAUGAUAUCAACGCUGUUGGUCCUAUCUUGGUUAUCAAGCACAUGUGGCCUUUACUGAAGGCAGGAGGCGGGUGUGGAACUGGGAGGGAUUUUGCUAUCGUUGCCAACUUAAGUGCAAGGGUGGGAUCAAUUGAAGACAAUGCUUUAGGAGGGUGGCACUCGUAUCGGUCUUCAAAGGCUGCUCUAAAUCAGUUGACAAAGACUAUAGCAGUGGAAUUUGCACGCAAAAGAGAUCCAAUCAUAUGCCUUCUUCUGCACCCUGGCACGGUGGAUACGGAUCUUUCAAAACCUUUUCAGAAAAAUGUCCCCAAAGAGAAGCUAUUUACGAAGGAAUUUUCUGUUCAAAACCUUCUUGGCAUCAUCAACAAUGCGAAGCAGAGCGAUAACGGCAAAUUCUUUGCCUGGGAUGGCCAGCCAAUUCCUUGGUGAUGUGGUUGCCUUUCAGCACAAGCUUUCCAGGUUUGUUUAUAAAUUGUGACUUUCAGCUUCUCAGUUUUCCGCUGCAGCCUAAAUGUGUGUGUUUGUGAAGUUGUUGACCAUGUAAUGGAUGAUGAACUUUGCCAAAAGAGGGGGGUUAUUGUUUGUAUUCUUUGAGAUCUAAUGCUGCGUGUUGGACGGUUGUUCCUUAUCGCGUGUUUUCCAGUGAUACUCCGUGCUUUUUUUCGGAGGGGGUGAGUUUUCUCAUUUACUUUUUUACGAAGUGUGUGAUUGGAAUUAAUUCGGAAGAAAGAGAAACAAAAACAAUUGAGAAUUAUAUUUUGGGAUGAAAUCAUGAGUAUUUAGAGUCAAGAUAUCUUUGAAAUCUUUAU